UUUCCAACGUAACCGCCCACAAGAAGAUAAUGUCGGGUUCAGAAAAUGAUGGUCAAGUCGAGGCUUACUGCAUGCCUGCUGGACUGGAGUUUCAGAGAGCUUACGCGAGAAUCCACGGCUAUAUCGCGCUAAUCAUUUGUGUUCUUGGCUCUAUUGCUAAUUCCGUGAACAUAGCUGUGCUAAGUCGAAAAGAAAUGACAUCUACAACCAACUCAAUACUUACUGCCCUAGCCGUAGCCGACCUAUUAGUAAUGCUUGACUACAUACCGUUCUCAUUACACACAUAUAUCAAAAUAGGCACUGAGCUUAAUCGAAACUCCUACGCGUGGGCUGUCUUCGUGUAUUUCCACUCAAUAUUCAGUCAAACGUUUCAUACUGUUUCUAUCUGGCUAACCAUCACACUGGCAGUCUGGAGAUACAUCGCAAUAAAGUUUCCACAGAAAAACCGAACUCUCUGCAAUAAACAGAACACUAGAAUUGCGAUUGCUUUGGCAUAUGCAGUGUGUCCGAUAGCAUGUCUUCCAAUUUAUUUCGCGAUGAACAUUCAAGAGGUGACUGGGGCUGGAACAAAUUUCAACAAUACAGGGAAUAAUAGCAGUUGGAAUAUUACCGAAGCGAGAGAGCCGGUGUACGCUUUGACUAUGACAAAUAAUAAAGCCUUGUUGACUGCAAUAUUUUGGAUCUACAGUGUGUUUUUAAAACUGAUACCGUGCUUGAUGCUUUCCAUAUUGAGUAUAUGUUUGAUAUCGAAAAUGAAGUCCAGUGACAGAAGGCGACAGAAGUUGUUAAACAAGUCUGCGAUUGUAUCGAAUGAGGGUGAAAAGGUUCGUCUGAACGAGGAUGGCAAGCGUGUGUCGGCAGGCGGGCGUACGGACCGAACUACGAGGAUGUUGCUAGCUCUCCUCGGAUUGUUCCUCGCUACAGAACUACCACAAGCUCUAUUUGGACUUUUAACGGCAAUCGCUCCACAUUUAUUCCAAAUAUGUUAUUAUGCGUUUGGUGAAGUGAUGGACUUAAUGGCUUUGGUGGGCUCCGCUGUGAACUUUGUCCUGUACUGCAGCAUGAGCCGGCAGUUCCGAUCGACGUUCACAAGACUGGCUCGUAAGGUGCUUCCGAUGCCAACUCGUAACGAGAGGGAACCAUUCACUACCACAUCAACGGUCAAAACGUAGCAACACCGUGGAGCAGUGACGUCAGCUGCAAUCGUUUAAAACGAAAAAAAAGAUGGAAAACAUUUUUAUUUAUUUUAUAUAAGAGGGAGAAAACGGGCAAGAGUCACACGUGAUGGAACACAAUGAGGCAACCGCCUAUGGACAUCCAGAAGACCAGGGAUCAAGAGUUGCGUUGCCGACCUUCAAUGUAUUAAGGAAAUAUUUAAUAAUUCAGAACUACAACGCGAAUAGAGGU